CCCGCAUUUCACUUUAUUUUUGCCAAUGUCGAAAUCUCUCUCUCUCCCUCUCUAAUGCCACCGAUCUCUGCCAUUUGAUAAAAAUUUCCUCGAAAAAUCCAAUUUUUUAAAAUAAAUCCGACAAAAAGAUUCCAACCCGGUGACCCGAAAUGGCGGCAUAUAGAGCGGAUGACGACUAUGAUUAUUUGUUCAAGGUGGUGCUGAUCGGGGAUUCGGGUGUGGGGAAAUCGAACUUGUUGUCUAGAUUUACGAGGAACGAGUUUAGCCUUGAAUCCAAAUCCACAAUCGGAGUCGAAUUCGCCACCCGAAGCAUUCGGGUCGAUGAUAAGAUCGUUAAGGCCCAGAUUUGGGACACCGCUGGACAAGAAAGAUACCGAGCAAUUACAAGUGCAUACUACCGAGGAGCUGUUGGUGCAUUGCUCGUCUAUGAUGUUACUCGACAUGUCACAUUUGAGAAUGUUGAGAGAUGGUUGAAGGAGCUACGAGAUCACACGGACUCCAAUAUUGUCAUUAUGCUUGUUGGCAACAAGGCGGACCUGCGACACUUGCGUGCUGUUUCCACUGAGGAUGCUAAGGCCUUUGCCGAGAGAGAAAAUACCUUCUUUAUGGAGACAUCUGCCCUUGAGUCAAUGAAUGUUGAAAAUGCAUUCACGGAAGUGUUAAGUCAAAUAUAUCGUGUGGUCAGUCGAAAAGCACUCGAGGUAGGGGACGAUCCUGCAGCCUUGCCUAAGGGACAAACCAUCAAUGUUGGAAGCAAGGAUGAUGUUUCGGCCAUCAAGAAAGUUGGCUGCUGUUCUGCUUAAAUGUUUGAUGAUUUUGGGCAUCCAAGUUUCCUCCCUUUUUCAUCUCUUUAAGCGCAAUACCUUCCUCUUUGUGUUAUGGUCCUUGAGCUUCCUCUAGCCUUGAAUUUGAAGGCAGAGAAGAUGCAGCAUCUCGCAAUUUUCCUUUUUUUUUUUUCAUUUGAUUUCAGUUCCUUUUUCAUGGUUCUUUAUUUCUUUUAGGGUAUUUUUCUUCCUCGUGUAAUGUUCCAUUCCAUUUCCAUAGUUUUGAUAGUUUUUGUUGUAUUUGAUUGCUGUAGAAUACAUAGUUUGUUCAGACAGAUGUAGUUUUGGAAUCUUAAAUGAUUUUUAUUAGUUGUGGAUCAUAAAAUUUGAAUUAGCUAUGAUAAUAUAUAUUAAUUCCUUCA